GCAAAAGCGCGGAAGCGACGCCGUUGAUUGGCUGCGGCGACGGAGAGCGCCUGUCAAUCACUGUCAGUCAGGGCGGCGGCGGCGGCGGCGGCGGCUUCCCCCCGUCCCUCCUCAUGGCAGCGGCGGGGCCCGCGGCUCCCGCUCGGCUGCAAGCGGCGGUGGCUGGGGGGGGGAAACGCCGCGGGCCCCCCCCUCGGAGACAGCCGGUGGUCGUCAUGGCAACAGCUCGCAGGUGAGAUCCUAAGCUCCUGCUCCUCCACCCCCACCCCCCCCCGGCAGCACCAUGACGUCUCCAGCCCUCAGCCCGGACUCCUCCUCCCACGAAGGCCUCUCCUCGGUUAACUCAGCCCCAGCCUGCUCCCCCACCUCCGACUCGGAGAACCUCAGCCCCGACGAGCUGGAGCUGCUGGCCAAGCUGGAGGAGCAGAACCGGCUGCUGGAGGCUGACUCCAAGUCGAUGCGCUCCAUGAAUGGCUCCAGGAGGAACAGUGGCUCCUCUUUGGUCUCCAGCUCCUCAGCCUCUUCCAACCUCAGCCACCUGGAGGAGGACACUUGGAUCCUCUGGGGCCGCAUCGUCAACGAGUGGGACGAGUGGCGCAAGAAGAAGGAGAAGCUGCUGAAGGAGCUGAUCCGCAAGGGGAUCCCACACCACUUCCGCGCCAUCGUCUGGCAGCUGCUGUGCAGUGCCACGGACAUGCCAGUCAAGAACCAGUACUCAGAGCUGCUCAAGAUGUCCUCUCCCUGUGAGAAGCUCAUCAGGAGGGACAUUGCUCGCACCUACCCCGAGCAUGAGUUCUUCAAGGGCCAGGACAGCCUGGGCCAGGAGGUCCUCUUCAAUGUCAUGAAGGCCUAUUCCCUGGUGGAUCGGGAGGUUGGAUACUGCCAGGGCAGUGCCUUCAUCGUGGGCCUGCUGCUGAUGCAGCAGAUGCCCGAGGAAGAAGCCUUCUGUGUCUUCGUCAGGCUGAUGCAGGAGUAUCGCCUCCGGGAGCUCUUCAAGCCCAGCAUGGCCCAGUUGGGCCUCUGCAUCUACCAGUUCGAGUACAUGCUGCAGGAGCAGCUCCCAGAGCUGAACGUCCACUUCCGCUCCCAGAGCUUCCUCACUUCCAUGUAUGCUUCCUCCUGGUUCCUCACCCUCUUCCUCACCACCUUCCCCCUCCCAGUGGCCACCAGAGUCUUCGACAUCUUCAUGUACGAGGGCCUGGAGAUCGUCUUCCGUGUGGGCAUGGCUCUGCUGCAGGUCAACCAGGCCGAGCUGGUCCAGCUGGACAUGGAGGGCAUGUCCCAGUACUUCCAGAGGGUGAUCCCACACCAGUUCGACAGCUGCCCGGACAAGCUCAUCCUCAAGGCCUUCCAGGUCAAGUACAACCCCAAGAAGAUGAAGAGGCUGGAGAAGGAGUAUGCAGCCCUCAAGAACAAGGAGAUGGAGGAGCAGAUCGAGAUCAAGCGGCUCCGCACUGAGAAUCGCCUCCUGAAGCAGCGCAUUGAGACCCUCGAGAAGGAGAGCGCAGCUCUCGCCGACAGGCUCAUCCAGGGCCAAGUGACUCGGGCGCAGGAGGCGGAGGAGAACUACAUCAUCAAGAGGGAGCUGGCAGUGGUCCGGCAGCGCUGCACCUCUGCCACCGAGAACCUCCAGAGGGCGCAGAGCACCAUCCGCCAGCUGCAGGACCAGCAGGGGAACCCUCGCUUCAGCGAGGAGUUUGUCACCCACCUGGAGACAGAGCUGGAGCAGUCCAGGCUGAGGGAGAGUGAGACCCUGGGAGCCCUCAAGGAGAUGCAGGAUAAGGUCCUCGACAUGGAGAAGCGGAGCUGCCUGCUGCCCGAGGAGGCAAACGUGGUGAGGCUGCAGGAGGAGCUGCAGGCCCUGGCACUGCGUGAGGCUGAGGCUGUCAAGUCCCUGGGGGAGCUGCAGCAGCAGGUCAAGGAGCUCAGCGACAGCUGGCAGGCUGGCCGCGCCGGUGCCCGCUGGAAGGAGUCCCCCGGGCGCAGCAAUGCCAACGCCCUGCAGGAGGCAGUGCUGGGAGCGAGGCUGAGAGAGGCUCAGGCGCAGGCCGAGCUGAGGGCACUGCGCCAGAGAGUCCUGCAGCUGGAGACGCAGGGCCAGAUCCAGCGCACGGUGCUGGGCAGGGCGGAGAGGACCUGCGCGGGGCUGCGGGAGCAGCUGCGGGCGGCGGCGGCGCAGAGCCAGGGGCUGCAGGCGCAGCUCAGCGAGAGCCACCGCAAGCAUGCGGAGGCGCAGUGCAAGAGCAAGGAGGAGGUGAUGGCAGUGAGGCUGCGGGAGGCUGACAGCAUCGCGGCGCUGGCGGAGAUGCGGCAGAGGGUGGCCGAGUUGGAGAUCCAGAGGGAGGAGGGCAGGAUCCAAGGGCAGCUCAACCACUCGGACGCGGCUCAGUACAUUCGGCAGCUGAAGGACCACAUCGAGGAGCUGAAGGCUGAGAUCCGGCUGCUGCGGGGCCCACUGGCGUUCGGGGCCGUGGGGCUGGGCCCUCGCCUCGGGGACGAGGACUCCUUAGGCUCCUCCGACGAGGAGCUGCCACCCUUCAGCCUCAGCCACGGCGACAUCAUCGGCGACCUCGGCGACAUGGGGGACAGCAGCGACAGCGAGCCCGAGGGGGCGCCCACGGCACCCUGAGCCGCGGGCGUGGAGGGGGAGUGGGGGGCAGGGGGAGGGGGAGGGGCAAAGAGAGGCAGUGAGAGCCGAGGGGACCUCCCCCCGGAGGUGGCACCGCUGGGGACAGCAAGGGGACACCCCAAGGAGGGGACCUCCUGUGACCCUUUGGGGACGUUGGGAAUGUGGGGACCCUGCCAGGGGUACCUUAGGGGUACCCAGGGGGCACUGAGGACACGCAGGGGGCAGCCAGAGGGCACUAAGGGACACCCAGGGGACAGUGAGGGACACUAAGGGACACCCAAGGGACAGUGAGGGACACUCAGGGGGCAGCCAGAGGACACUAAGGGACACUGAGGGACACCCAGGGGGCAGCCAGGGGACACUAAGGGACACCCAAGGGACACUGAGGACACCCAAGGGACAGUGAGGGACACUCAGGGGGCAGCCAGAGGACACUAAGGGACAGCCAAGGGACACUAAGGGACACCCAGGGGACACUAAGGGACACCCAGGGGACACCCAAGGGACACUAAGGGACACCCAAGGGACACUGAGGACACUCAGGGGGCAGCCAGAGGACACUAAGGGACACCCAAGGGACACUAAGGGACACCCAAGGGACACUAAGGGACACCCAAGGGACACUGAGGACACUCAGGGGGCAGCCAGAGGACACUAAGGGACACCCAAGGGACAGUGAGGGACACCCAGGGGACAGCCAUGGGCCCUACAGCACCUGAGGCAGCUCUGGAUCCUUGGGCACCACUGGAUCCCUGCAGCACCAGAUCCUGCUCCUGGGGGAUCCCUGAAGGAGUGGAUCCUGUUCAGGGAGGGAUCUUGGCCACCACUGGAUCCCUGCACAACUGGAUCCUGCUCACAGAGGGAUCUUGGCUGCCAUUGGAUCCCUGCACAACUGGAUCCUGCUCACAGAGGGAUCUUGGAUGUCACUGGAUCCCUGAGGGACUGGAUCCUGCUCAUGGAGGGGUCCUGACCACCACUGGGUCCCUGCAAAGCCAAAUCCUGGUCACAGAGGGAUCCCUGCACAGCUUGGAUCCAGCUCCUGGAGGAUCCCUGAAAGACUGGAUCCUGCUCAAGGAGGGAUCCUCAAGGGACUGGGUCCUGCUCACAGAGGGGUCCUGAGGCACUGCUGGAUCCCUGAGCAGCCAGAUCCUGAGCACAGAAGAUCCCUGACAUGGCCAGAACCUGUUCAGAGAUCCUGGGCACUGUUGGAUCCCUGCUGAGAGAGGAUCCCUGGAGGACUGGAUCCUGCUCACAGAGGGAUCCUGAGCACCACUGGAUCCCUGAAGGUCCAGAUCUUAUUCACAGAGGAUCCCCACCCAGCUGGGUCCUGAUCCCAAGGAAUCCCUGAAGGUCCAGACCCUGCUCACAGAGGGAUCCUAAGCACCACUGGAUCCCUGAUGGUCCAGAUCCUGCUCCCAGAGCGAUCCCAGAGCACCACUGGAUCCCUGUGCACAGCUGGAUCCUGCUCCCAAGGAAUCCCUGGAAGUCCAGAUCCUGCUCCCAGAGGGAUCCUGAGCACCACUGCAUCCCUGAUGGUCCAGAUCCUGCUCCCAGAGCGAUCCCAGGGCACCACUGGAUCUCCCUGCACAGCUGGAUCCUGCUCCCAAGGAAUCCCUAAAGGUCCAGAUCCUGCUCCCAGAGGGAUCCUGAGCACCACUGGAUCCCUGAAGGUCCAGAUGCUGCUCCCAGAGCGAUCCCAGGGCACCACUGGAUCCCCAUCCACAGCUGGAUCCUGCUCCCAAGGAAUCCCUGGAAGUCCAGAUGCUGCUCCCAGAGUGAUCCCAGGGCACCACUGGAUCCCCCUGCACAACUGGAUCCUGCUCCCAAGGAAUCCCUGAAGGUCCAGACCCUGCUCCCAGAGGGAUCCUGAGCACCACUGGAUCCCUGAAGGUCCAGAUCCUGCUCCCAGAGUGAUCCCAGCACACCACUGGAUCCCCUUCCACAACUGGAUCCUGCUCCCAGAAGGAUCCAGGGAUGCAAUGAGGACCCCCAAGGCUGGAUCCUGGGACACAGCUGGAUCCCAGGCACGGAGAUCUCCUGGAUCCAUUUGGAUCCUGGGACACUGCUCCCCCCCCACCCCACCCCGGGAUGAAGUGGGGAUCCCCUCCCCCCAUGGACACAACCAGAUCCUGGGAUCCAUUGGGAUUCCAGGCAGCAGCUGGAUCCUCCCCCCCCCCCUCCUCCCAGCACCUGCCUGGAUCCUGGACAUUGUAUGGGGGGGAGGAGGGGGGGGAGGGGAUCCCAAAAUGGACCAAUCAGGAGGGGUUGGAUCCUGUCCCCUCCCCCCCCCCCCCCCCCCCCCCGACAAGAUCCCUCCCGUGGCUGUUUCUGCCUUGUACAGAAAUACAGAUCCUGAUGGAGCCUAAA